GCGUGUGAUUGUUUUCCGAAUGAGACAGUGUGCGUAGAUAGUAAAGUGGUACUAUAUAUCCUGCAUAUACAGUUCUUUUCUUCAUUUCACUGCAAGCAAGACAGCCGAGGUUUGUUGUUUUUCUUCCAACAUAAUAUGGAGGUGGCACCUUGUGCCCAGGAAGUUGGUAGACAUGCGGCAUUACUGUUGGCUUAUCUGAACUUGCAGAGAAAACAAGGCCACUUUUGUGACCUUGUGCUCAGACCGGGACAGAAUGCAGGUCAACUUUACCCCGCACACAGAUGUGUGCUGGCAGCCUCUAGUCCAGUGUUGGCAUCUGUCUUGUCCUCUGCUGGCGCUCUGGUGGAGCUGCAGGCCAAAUGUCUCUCUGACUCUGUAUUAACACCUCUUUUGGACUAUAUUUACACAGGGGAUUUGCCCUACAGUUACGGCCAGCAACAGUAUUAUAGUCUGCUCACAGCUGCCUGCUACCUGCAGAUGGAUGAACUGCAAAAGGCUCUGAGGGCUCAACAGCAGACUGAGGUUUGCACUGCAAAUGGCGCAGAGGCUUCUGCUGAAGCUGAAAAGAAUUCUUAUAGGACAACUGUGAAUACCUCCCCUCAUAUGCCAUCAACAUCCAGCAUUUUUACCUUUAGAAAACCUGACAAAACAAACAUCUCCAGUGAACAAAGUAUGACAACUUCACCAGACAGCGAUAUUCAGUAUCAGGAUUCAGACAAUGUGGAUCCGUUUAGUGAAAGUCAGAUGCUCUCAGCUGCUAUGGAUUGCAGCACUGAUGAAGUAGAAAUAGAUACAGGUAGAAAUAGCAGAGACCACUGCAGUGGAAGGGAUGCAAGGACUUUAAGCUAUCCAAGUGCACCCUGUGGUAUACUUGAAAGAACUGAAAGGAGCACAAAUGCAGGACAUGCCAGACAAGCAACUUAUCUAACGCCACAGCAUUUGACUCUGAAUGUCCCUAGCAUUGCUGAAGUGUAUCACACGUCUAAAGUGGACAAAGAGGCGGAAAAGGAUCGGCUUAAUCCAGCUGGCAUCUGGCAAAGGUACACAGGUGACACUCUGGUGAGGACAGCUGAAAAUAGGAGGAGCUCAUCUUCAUCCCCACAUUCAUAUUGUGCGGCAGUACCUGUCAUCUGUCACAGCAGCAGAGCAGCUAUCCCCCAGCUAGCAGAUGUGUCUCCUGUGUCUCCCUGCCAUUCAGCCCUCCAGACUUCAAGCAACUCCAGCAGGUCUCCAGUCUCACGUUCAGCGAGCAUAGAAAAUGACAGCAUUAUUGAAGGUAUUACAUCUAAAUGCAAACGUCAAUAUCAAGCACAGAGCCAGGAAUACGGCCACAAUAAAAAACACACUAUUACACAAAAUCUGAAUAACAAGGAUAAUUUAGAUCAAUGUGCUUUACAAGAUUUAUAUUACAAAUCCAGUGGAGGUAGAUCUCAUUUUGACAGCAGCGAUUCAGAUCAUUUUACAAUGCAGGGCAAUGAAUGUGUUGACAGAGGAUCAUCUCACUUUACCAACAAUAAUGAUCAGCAUGCUUAUUGUGAUUCCUUUCAGAAAAAUACACACAAUCUUAGAGAAGAUUCAGUGCUGCAGAGUAAGGACUGGAGUCAAGAAUUGAAGCAUAAAAUUGAUCUCAGGUUUGAUGAUUUCUCAACCAAAAAAAAGCAGCUGGAUUUCUUUGAAUCCUACAAUGUCAGCAAAUUGGCAACAGCAACAGCAGAACCAGGAGGUCUGAGAGCUGAAGUUCCACUUAUUGCUCAUCCUGUGGAGGACUUAAACACAGAACAUCUAGGUCCAGAGGAAGAGGUGAAAGAGGAACACAGUUACUCUAAUAGAGUUCCAGCUGAAAGUGAUAUACAGGACAGCCACUGCAACUAUGAACCAAAGAAAGGGUACUCAAACAUAUACAGAGCUGACACAAGUGCAAACAAUGCUCCUUCUAACCAUGAUUCAAACUACAGUCCUACAGCGGUGGACACCAAAGAAUACCAUGCUGAUAGCUUCCCGAAAGCUCUGCAAACUGAAAAGACCUCAGGCACUGACAUCACAGAAUCACAUUCGAUUUUUACAAUGCCUGCGGACAGAAACAUGUCUGACACCAGUGUUGACAGUGCUGUGAGACACUCUUAUCAUGGACAUCUUCGUUAUCAUUGCCUACAGCAUGAUGAUAUGCAAGAGGAUGUGCACUUAUUGCAGGGUGGUUCUGAUCACAAACGCUCCCACUCAAACCACUUUGAUGAUUCUGAUGGUUCAAGUGCGGAGGAAGACUUUGGUGCCUUUGAGAGUCCCCUAAAGCAGCACUACAGCUCAACAGAGACUACAGACCAGUUUCUUCUUCUGGAUAUUAGCACAAGACCUGCAGAACUAUUAGUAUCCUGCAAACACCGAUCUGGCAUAGAAGAGAAAGGGGAUAUGUUUGAAACUGGAAUCUGGGCAUAUGAUGGAGCAGAGAGGUACGAAAAAACAUCUGUAGCAUCUGUUGAAAUGAAAACAGUUAUGGCUAGGGCUAAAUUUGGAACUGGGAGACUUGAUAUGGGUGGCACACACUGGGCUGCAAAGACAAAUGCUGAGGAAAGAAAGCCUGUUGUUCAAAGUAGUCCAGCUGUUGAGACUAUUCAAAAUUCUUGCAUUGUGUCUGAAGUUUCCAACCUUAAAGAAGGUGAGAACCAAACCAUUACCUCGACACACUGUUCACCUCCUGGAGUGUCAGACUCCAUGCAACCCUCUGUGUCUUUUUGCAUGGCAUCUGGCCUUUCAACCAGCAUGCCAACCAAUAGAUCAGCUCAUCUGUCAUCUCCUGUUCACCACCCAUUCCAAUGCUCUCUAUGCGACCGUUCCUUUAGCCAGCGAGGUUCUCUAAAUAGACAUGUGCGGAGCCACCUUGGUGUAAGGCCCUUCCCCUGCCCCCGCUGCCCUAUGACUUUUUCACGCCAAUACCGUGUCACCGAGCACAUGCGUGUUCAUCAGCGAUGUACCCCUGGGAAUGAUUUUCAAAAGCCUCCUGCUUCAUCAACUUGAGACUUUGAGGAAAAGCUAGGAAACUGAAAUGCAUUUUUCAUUAUAAUAUAAUGUGUGUUAGGAUGACAGUUUCCUUUAGUGUCUUGCAAAUAUAUGUAAGACAGGGAAUUUUUUUACAUGUUCGAUUUUUAAAAUCAGAACUUGCAGAUGAAAGUUAGUGACUUUAAUGCAAUUAAUAUAGGCUAUUCUAAAUAAGCAAAAACAGUAGGAGGGCAAGAAAGUAAAGAAAAAUAAAUGUUGUGGAUCUUAAUCAUUUUAAUAUGCAGCAGUAGGUAAUCCUGUUGAUUCACAGCUAGAGCAUCCUGGAUUCAAACCAGGGCAGGGCCCUCCUGUUUGGAGUCUGUGCAUUUCAUCCGACCUCUGGGAUAUCUGGUUUCUGUCACCAGCAAAAACAAGUGUUCUUGCGCCCUUGACAAAGGUAAUAAAACUGGUGGGAGUUGUUUCCCAUAAUGUGUUCAGUAUAGAGAAUUUGUUUUCCUACAGCCAUUAAAUAAAAUAAUCUAUUAACUGAACAUAGUGCAAAGGCAACAUAUCAAAUGCAUAAACAGAGAAUGAAUCAAAUGAAAUGCUUUUUUGAAUUUGAUGCCAGCAACACAUUAAGAACAGAGUGCGAGACAAGGCCAUGUUGGCAGUGAUGCAUCAUCUCUGAUAUCAGAAACCCUGUAUAAGUAUUUGGCAACUGAGGUAACUAAAUGCUGAAGUUUUAAAGGCAAUAUGUUUCCCAUUCUUACCUUAGUGGAAGAUUUUAGCCUUUAAAGACUCUUUAAUUGUUGCAAUGUUAUUUUGUCAUUCACUUGUUGAAAUGAGCCUUUCCUUAAAAAGGUUUUCCUUUGGAUGAAAGGACUUAUUCCAAAACCUGUAUACUAAUCCACUAAUAUACCUCUAUACCAUGCAGUACUUUGAAAUGUGCAUUGAUAACAAACCACAUGGCCCCACUUCUCUUUACUGCAGAUUUUGUUUUUCAUAUAUACAUGUGUGCAUGUGAGGAUGUUCAUUUUUAAUCUUUGCAUUUUUUUUUUCCGCUAACAUUUGUGAAUGCAACAACAAAUCUUGUGAUUAAAUAUUCCUGAGCCUAUGCAGUUAUUUCCAGUACAGAACAAAUUUGGUUUUAAAUACAGUUCUGCUUAGCUGCCAUGUCACCAUUGGCCUUUGUGAAUAUCUCUGCAUACACAGAUUUCUCCAGAUUUUCUGUAUCUUUCAGUGAUAUUAUGUAGCUGUGUCUUAAAUUGGAAAUAUUGUUCUUAAAUUGUCUCUUACAGAGUUGUGAAUUCCUCCAUUCCUCUGAAAGAUGUGUCCUCUUUUUUCUGUUCCUUUUAUAACCAGUCAUGUUGUUUAGUCAUUGUCUUCCUCCAUGUCACCCUAUCCUAGCAUUCUCCUGUUAGCCCUAAAUUUACAUAUCCUUCAUUCUUCACCAUUUUUUUUUAAUUGCCCCAUUAUAACAUUUGCUUACAUCAAAUUCAAAAGUAUACAAUUUUUAACAGUUGAUAUAUUCCCUUUUUACUAUUUUAAGCUAAACAUAUGGUAUGACUGAUUUGCAAAUCAGUACGAAACCCAGAAGCAACCUGGAAAACAAGGUGGCAUUUCCCUGCAAACUAAGUGUAGAACAAAUGAAUAUUUUAUGUUUAUAUAUUUGGUAUUUCACAAUAACAAUGUGAAAAUAAUGGCCAAAUCUACAGAAAAUACCAUUCUGCAGCUUCCCUCUACUUUAUCUGUUCGGCUUGCAGUUUACCGUACUGGCAGCUAUUGCGUUCGCAUAUCAGUGUAAAACACUCUAAAAGAUUGCGGUAUACUACUGGCACCAAACAACAGACAGAUACCAGCUCAUGCACAAAGUAGAUCAUUUAGUAUCUAAACAGAUAGAGUUUAUUAGAGACCAAACCGAGUAAAACUCAAUAAUGACUUCACAUUCACCAGGUAGCCAGAACCAUGACAUUUCCUCUCUGUGUGUGAUUUAAUUUAAGGUAUUACCAUGUCAACUAACUGGCUGGUACAUUAUAUUCCAAAGUUGCUUUCACGGCCUUUCACUUCCACAGGUACCAGAGCUGUCUAGUCUAAUGCAGAGAGGGAGACACACACAUAUUCUAUGCUCUUAUUAACUUUACAUGUUUAGCCAUUAAGUAGUGUAGUAGAUCUUUGCCAUAAUAUUGACUUCAUUCCAUUUAGUGUUGUGAUUCUGAAUGUCUCUAUAUGUAAUAGUUAUAUGUCUCACAUAGUGUUCCCUGUAAGAGAGGACAGCUUGUUGGGUGUCACAGUGUUUGUGCCAAUGGUGUGAAACACGAGUCAAGGGCAGCUAUGAGGUUCUGUGCAUGUUCUGUCUGGUCUAUUCCAAAAUAUUUCUGUUAGGGACAGAAGGGUGAAAAAGGAUCAUAUUAUUUGGUAUCUUACACCUGGUAUGAACUAUUGGUACCUUUGAUAGGUAAAUACAUAUAUAAAUAAAAGGGCAAUGCAAUUUAUGAGAGGUGCUUUAAGUUCCUAAGAUUGUGUUUUCAUGUUCUGAAGUUCCCGCCUAUUUUAAUUUUUUUUUUAAAGUUGGGUUAUUAACUUGUGAUGCUAAAAAAAACCUUGUAGGACAUUUACUUGUGUACUUAUGAUUAAUAAGGACUGUUAAUAUUGUUUUGUUAUACUAAUGUAAUAGUUUGGGCUCUAUGGCUUUUGAAACAUUAGCUGUGAGAUGAGCAGUCUCCAGAUAAAAUCAACCAGCUGAUCUAAGAACACUGGAACAGUCAAACUGCAAAGUGAGACAAAGACAAACAUUUCUGAUAAAAAAGAUGUAAUUAAUUUUGAGAUCAUUUAACUUUAAUAUUAUAAGAAUGUAACAUUGUACUUUAACUGCAUUAAAAGGUUUCAUGAAAAAUGUUACGAUACCUUAAAAA